CAACUCAAGCACGCUGUCACGUGACUUAAUGUUUUGCUCGGGUGCUACACUGGUCACAUCUCUGCCGAUGGAAACGUCUGUCAAACCUGAUACUUACUAUUAUCACAUAAUUACUAUGUAGGAAAAGCGACAUAUGCUGUUAGGACGCCUGACUCAAUAGUUGACUUUACGUUUUAGAAAGCAAAACGUUAAAUCUACUGAAGCAGUCUUUUAGCUAACAAGCUAGCACCGGCGACUGUAGUUUCGACUAUGGCGGCAGUUGACAGCUUUCAGUUUUUGUACAGAGAAAUUUCUCGGUCAUGCAGCUUUUACUUUGAAACCCUGGCCCUGGUUGGGGCUCUUUAUACCGCCAGCAAGGUCAUAAUCCUGCUGAGAGACUGCUGCACGCUGGUCAGGGUGCAUUUCCUACCAAGAAUGAUCCCGACCAAGAGCCUGACCCAGAGAUUUGGAGACUGGGCUGUCAUUUAUGGUGCGUCAGAGCCUGUGGCCAAAGCCUAUGCAGAGGAGCUGGCCAGGCACGGUAUCAGCAUCAUCUUUGUCUCUAAGGACCACGCCUCUGUCAGAGACACCGCUGCGUCCCUCUCCCAAAGCUACGGAGUGGAAACCGUCAUUAUCCUGGCUGACUUCUCUUUGGACCAGGCAGCCAGCAAGCCCAUCAAAGAAGCCCUGAGGGGUAAAGAUAUCGGCUUCCUGGUGAACUGUGUGGACGAGGCUUUGUCUUCCCCUCAGAGCCUGAUUGAAAUGCCCGAGCAGAGCCUGUUGGAGUUGGUGAAUAAGAACGUCGCGGUUGCUACUCUGAUGAGCCGGUUGGUGCUGCCGGGGAUGGUGGAGCGCAGCAGGGGAGCUGUGGUCAAUAUAUCAUCUGGUGCUUGCUGCAGACCUCUCCCUGGAAGAGUGACACUCACCGCCGCCACUGGUUACCUGGAUCAUUUCUCCAGAGCUCUUCACAUGGAAUACAGUGGCAGAGGGAUCUUUGUCCAAAGUCUGAUUCCUUUCCAGAUAGCUUCAAGUGAGCAACAACCAUCAUCAUCAUCAUCAUCGACAGUUUCAUCAAAACCAGGCUGGUUCGCGCCAAAGCCGGAGGUUUACGCUCGCCAUGCCAUCUCCACCCUGGGCGUCUCCAACAGGACCACCGGCUACUGGCCUCACACACUUCAGUAUGGGCUGAUGAGAUGUAUUCCAGAGUGGAUUUGGGUUCUUGGAUCUCGUGUGUUCAUCAGUUUAAGCUAAGAGCUCACUUCACCUCCAUUCAUCAAGACUUAAUCCAUUCACUGGCUCUUCUUGUUUGCUGGUGUCGUGUGGAGUGUAACUUCUUGUGCCAUUGGUUUAAAUUUGUUCAACUCAAAAAGGCUCUGUUGUGGUUGGUGGUUCAAUGUGAUUGUCCUACGUUGCUUUGGUAUCAAUUUCUAGAGAAGCUGCAGUGGAAUUUGCUUGAAAUAUUGACUACAGAUAAGUUACUCCUGCGUUACCGGACUACGGUCUGACAGAUCUGUGACAUCUGUUUCAACCCUUUAAACUGUUGGACAAGAAAUGAUUUAAAAAUCAGCCAGAGGGGCGGCCAGCAUGGACCUGAAAGGCCUGGUUAAAUGCAAAACUGAAUGUACAAUUAAUUUAUUUUUUUAUUUAUUUAAAAACAAAAAAAGUUGCACACUGGAAAACGUAUAAAGUGUAAAGUGCAGGUGAGAUUCAGUAGAGAGCAAUAAUAAUGCAGUCUGAAAACACAAAAUAAACACAAUAAUAGCAGAUAUGGAAUUCAGUAAACACAUCAAUAUGACUACAGGUAAUAAUUCAAAUGUUUUCACUUUUGACCUCUGAGACCUCUUACUAUGAAAAAGCUUUUUUUUUUUUGCUUUUGUUAAUGUGUGCCGAGAUAUGAAUUCUUUCCGGUUAGACCUGCCUUCUACUGGCAAUGACUAACCACCCCUGGUUGGCACACUUACAAGGAACCACAUGCCAAAAGCCAAACCCAACCAAGUUGGAGACGGACUGAUAAAGAAACACAGAAUUCAUUUUGCGAUAACACCACUCAAUCCAGAUCUCAGAAACAUGUUAAUUGAAGCUGAGAAGGGCACUCGAACUCUUCAUUGUGACCAAAGCAAGUAUACAUCUGAAGUUAUUCCUGCAAUCUGAAUAUAACUUUAGCUUACCAGUGGGUUAUCAUACUUUAAAAUAAUAAAUUAGUGUGUGGUGGUGAGUGAGGAGUGAUAGCUUUAGGUGGAUAUGGAUGAAGAUUAAGCAUCUCCAGGAGUGAGUUUGAAAUGCGCUGAAGAUUGAGAUUGUGAUGUUUAGUUUGAUUGAGAACUUACAGUAUAUUUGAGCUACAUUUAGUGUGUGUGGAUAUUGUUAUAAAAGAACUAUUCAUAUAGAAAAUGUUAACAGAUUCAGACAUAUUGUGUUGAGUUUAUUGCUUAAACAUAAUUACAGGAUAUCAAAAUGUUGACUUAAAUGCGAUAUGUGUUGUCAAAGCGCAUAAUUACACCAAUAAAACUCCUUCAUUCCCGUGC